CUCCUCUGGCUGUUUCCAUUCCAGCUGGCGAGCAUCUUGCGAACCACUGUCAUUGCAAACUCGCUGUGGAUCUUAGACAUCUCGAAAGGAGUUACGGUUCAGCCAAAGCCUCAGCAGUCUCCCGUCCGUGCGCGGCGCAACAGCGGAAAGAGAUUCAUCCAUAUACCAUCCACACCACGUCGUUCACCAGCGUCAAAUGCUAGCUGGUCCCGGCCCCGCCUACGGAGUAGACCCGACCAAGAGCAAAACAAAGUCCAGCUACAAAACGUUCCAAUACACCGAAGAAACGGCCAAGACGUUUGAAGCGGCCACCGACGAAGAUGACAACCCGUUUAUGACACCCGGUGGAAAGGACUCCGGUGGCAAGACGAUGAUUUACGCGUCCUCGACCAAGAAACAACGAUUCACGGGAAACAGGAUACCAAACGUUCCUAUUGGCGAAGGCGGUCGCCACACUCCGUUCCGACGAGUAGCCUCAUACUCACCUGACCGGUCACAGUCACACGGCGCGUCGAAUGGGCGGCCGAGGAUACCUUUCGCCGGUUUUGAGGAGGACGAGGAUGAAAACUCGGAGACGUCCUUGGUGGACGAUGAUUUCCGGCGGAUGGUUGAGGCGCUCGGGAAGGAGGAACUGACAAUGCUGGAGGGUGUUCGAAUGCGACAUGCUGGGCGCGUAUCGGAGGUGGCAAACGAGCGGGAGGAUGCAGGUUCUUUCUCAGAGGUCGAAGAGCAAGCCGCGGACAACGAUCAGCCACUCCAGAAUAACGAAUCUCAAUUCGAAGACGACUACGAUAUCCAUUCCAUUGAUGCGCCAGAAGUGAUGCAACUGGAUGAAGAGUUUGACGAAUUCACAAAUAGCAUGCGCGAAGACAUUGAGCAGAUUCCAAAUUCUGCCCUUGAGCAGCUUCCCGAUCCUGGAGAUACCAGCCUUGACGUUAACGACGAGCUCCACUUUGAUGACAACAUGCAGAGUCAUCGUCUUUCUGGAUCGAUAGAUGCACGUGGGAUGGCGAAUGCGGAGGAAUCUUCUAUGCGGGAAUUCUGGCAGUAUGCCACGGCCAGGACGUCUCCGACUAUGCGUCGCAAGAGACAUUCGGGUGCCACUAGCCCACAUGUCCAAUCCAUCAGUGAACAGGAAUUGGACGAUGUGCCGUUUCAACACACGUCGGCACCGAAGGCGCCGGAUGAUCGAGCUUCGAGCCCUGAAAGUUCGCUCGGAGUGUUAUCCGAACCCGGCUCUCCAGUACAUCAGCAUCGCAGUCCUCCUCCAGAAUCACUUCCAGGCUCUCCUGUUUCAUUGCAUCGCGAAUCUCAUGUUCGAGGCGCCAAUCCCAGUCCAGUCAUGCGACUACUUCCCAAUGUAGAAGUGGCCGAUGAAGCCGACGAGCUGCCCUCGUUCGACGGUCAUUCUCGCGAAUUUGACGAACCGCUGUCACCCGCAUCUCAAGGUCCAAUGGCGAAACUGGACGGCAUGCGUACUAGUCGCCAACAACCCCUAUCAGCAUCUCACGACAUUCCCAGAAUCGAAAACAUGCUCGCAGAUGCGCGGAAUGAAAUAAGGACCCUCCGCGCACUCAACGAGCGGCUUGUACAGGAUAAUCAAGAGCUGAAGGCCGAUCUCGAUGCCGCCUUCCAUGAGAAGGACCGUGUUGCCACCGACAUGGAACAGCAGCACCGGGACGAGCUGCGGAAACGAGAGGAGGAAGACGAGGCGCGCUACGCAUCGAUGCGUGAAGCGAUUGCAGCAGGGGAGGAGCAGUUGAGACGCUCUCGAGCUGAGCAGGAACAAAUAGGAUCCAUACGCAAUUCCCUGAGAGAAGAAAAGGAGCUUGAUAUUCUGAAUAUCAAAAAGGAGCUGACGUCGCAGAAGGAGCGAGAGCUUCUGGAACUCCGGCAAGCUAUGGCUGCAGACAAAGAGGAGGUCAUGCGAAAAAACAAGGACGAGAUGCGGCGGCAGGCGAAAGAGUUUGCGGAGGAGCGAAAUUACUUUGAGGAGGAACGCUCUCGGGCACGGAACCUGAUAAAGGAGCGGGAGAAAGAAAUUAGGGACCUCGAAGAGCAGGUGUAUCAAAAGUCCAAGAGGCCCCAGUCGGAUGAAUUUGGACAACAGUACGACGCAUAUUCGCAAGAGAUCGAUCGGCUUCAUAGAGAGCUGGCUGCCCAGAAGACAGAACACGAGGCGACACGGCAGGUUCUAGAAGAGCAGAUCCGACGGGAACGCAGACGCGCAAACGACCUGCAACAUAAGCUAGCGUCGCAGGCACCUGCAACCGAUAGGCCGUUAAGCGACAUCCUUGCCAGUUACCCUAAUCAGCUUGAACAAUUCAGAAACUCGUUGGCGGCGGAACACUCGGAACGACUAGCCGAUUGCGAGAGUGCACAUGCAGCCUCAUUGCGGGAGAUGCAGGCUCGCCAUGACGCGGCCGUCGCUGACCUGCAGCAACGGAUCGAACAAGACCAGGCUCGCAUGUUGGAAAAGCAGAAACAGCAAAUUCUCGACAUCACCGCAAAGUUAAAGGAACGAUGUGCCAACGCGUAUGAAACUGCUGUGCAGAAGCUGAAGGAGGAACGUGCGCGAGCGGAGCACGACAUGAAUGCCAGGCACACUAGGCAUCGGGAGCAGUGGGCGGCUGAAGUAAAGAAGCUGAGAAGUGAACGGGAAGCCCUGCGCAAACGAGUGGAUGCGGACGAUAAUGCUAGAGCUGCUGAAGUGGCGCACAGUCGAAUAGCAGAACUAGAGCAUCAAAUCCGUUCUCUCAAAGAUGCACUCGCGCGAACCACUCUCGAUCACAACAAAGCCCUAUUAGAUGAGAAGGCGCAGCAUGAAAAGGAAAUGCAGGAACGGUUACGCAAAAUGAAGCAGCAGUACAUAAGCACUCUAACGAUGAUGCGGGACGACCUGAAGCGCAGCAGAGAGGUCGGGCUGGAGAAGUUUGAGACGGAGUGGAAUCGGAAGAAGUCGGCGUUGGAUGCUGCGUGGCAGAAGAGAUUGGACGAAGCGGUCGCACGGCAGGAAAGGCCACGGGUACGCCGAUCGCGGGAUGUGUCGAUACCAAUCCAAGCGCCAGCCGCAGCGCCGGUCUCUACACAGCAGUCGUCCCACGGCCUGCCAACUAGCUCGGCGCCAUCCCGACGACCAGCCGGAGGAGCGGAUAUGGCGCCCAGACGGACAGGGGAUACCACACUGAAGGUUGCUUGGAAGCCGCCUGGAUGAUCCCGCUCAGGCUCUACUAGACUGGCACAACAUGCUUUUGGCGCACCUAUCUGUAUAUAAUAUCCAAGCGAUUCUCAUCGCUGUCUCCGAUGGUUUGUGCAUCCGAAAAAUUCCGCAGCUGGGAUGGAUCCUUCAUAUUCCCAUGUCGCAGGAAACUUCCAAC